ACCAAUGAGGCCGCCCAGUCCAUCGUGUGAAUCCAGCAAAUCCGAAACAGCGUAGUUUAAACCGACUUUGCACCAACCCUCAUGAAGACAAAACAGUUACUUUCUCCCUUGUCUCGAUCAUUCAUCUUUACAUAAAUAAAUGCCACACCAUUAGCAUAGUAAUCCCCUAGGUUAUUCCAUCAUCCCAACUCCUAAGCUGCAGCAAACUGCUGCUUCAGUAUCACUAAGCAGUCGAGAACUUCUCAGCGUACGAUACACACAGCAGCAACUAUCAUCCAUAAUCAUGAAUAGCAGCGAUAGCAGCUCGAGCGUACAGCUUCUACCGCCAGGCUUUAGAUUCCAUCCAUCAGAUCAAGAACUCAUUAUCCACUACUUGAGGAACCGAGUCACCUCGAGUCCUCUCCCUGCUUCAGUUAUUGCUGAAGUCGAUCUUUACCAGUUCGACCCUUGGGAACUUCCAAAGAAGGCUUUGUUUGGAGAAGAUGAGUGGUACUUUUUCACUCCAAGGGAGAGGAAGUACCCGAACGGGGCAAGACCUAAUAGAGCAGCAGCCUCAGGGUAUUGGAAAGCCACAGGGAUAGAUAAACCGAUUUUUGCCUCAAGUGGAGCCAAGAAUAUCGGGGUCAAGAAGGCCUUAGUUUUCUACAGUGGCCGCCCUCCUAGAGGAGUCAAGACAGACUGGAUUAUGCAUGAGUACCGAUUGCUCGAUACAACCACCACCUGGAAACAGAAGGGUUCCAUGAGGUUGGAUGAUUGGGUGCUAUGCCGAGUUUGGAAGAAGAGCAGCAUCAUCAGGAACAAGUGGGAAGAUCUAAGUCCUAGCCAUUUACCAGAAGACGGCUACUUUCAGAGAGAAAAAGGAUUGUGGUCUCUGAACAAAGACCCGACUGCUCGGCUGUUCAAGGAUUAUGCAAACAACUGCCCUCUAGUUCCAUACCUCUUAGACACUCCAACAUUUCCCUGUGUCGAAACAGAUUCAAGCACAGGCUCCAGAAAAAUUGUUCACGUCUCCACCACAACCACACUCACUAGAAACCCCACAGACAAGGAAAAGAUGGAGUUCUCAAGAUCCUCCCUCGAGAACUUGUUCGAUCUGUUCAAGGAGUGCAGCAGUGAGCCUAAUAAUAUAUCUGGCACAGAAGCAGGUUCAACGAUAUGCCUCCACCAAGGCAGAAGUAAGAGCUGUACAGGGAGCAAUGAAAUAAACAUAGACAGCUCAGAUACUGAAAGAUUUUUGCCUUGUAAGAACCUGAAUUACAUGAGAAAGGACGACAACUUUAUGAACCUGCAUGCUACUGACAAUGGAGUGAACUUCACUGGUACAGAGCAGACCCAGUUUUUUCAGAAUUUCGGAGCAGAGGAGUGGAAUGCUAUCUUCCAAAUCUGAGGGAGGACCCCCAAGACCAUGCCUCAUCAAGGUGGCGAGAGGAAGAAUAUGUAUAUAACUUGUACAGGAUAUAUACUAGGCCCAUGCAUCUGUGAGAAGAAUAAUGGACCAAGGGAACAAAAUCUGAAGGGCUGGCGUGAUUCUUGAAGUAGAUUUUUUUUUUUAUGUAGAAGUAUAUGUUAUUUACCAGUGAUGUGGUAAGAUAGACCUUGCACCAUCACUCAGAUAAAUCAUCCCUCAGAUAAGUUUCUAAAGUUAAACUCCCGCCAUCAAAAGGAGUAUGGACGUAUUGGUGGAUGUGUGAGUUGUUAUGUUUGUCGUGAUAGCUGCUUGAUAUAGGUAAUGUAUACGUGUGGACAGCCUAUUCUUGCUUCAUGUACAUAAUAUAAUUGUUAAAUUCAUAUUACUGUAUAUGGGGAAUCAGAGACUUUAGCCAUGUAAAUGCUUCAAGUGUUGUUCAGUAAA